AUGAAUCAAUUAUUGAAACCUAUAUUAAAUUUUGAUUUUAGUGAAGUACGUUUUGAUGAGCAAUAGAUACCAAAUUAUACAAGAGAAUUCAUGGAUCAAAUGAAAGAUCAUAUGUACCAUGUUAGAAAGUUUGAAUAAAUGUAAAAGAAUCAAAUUCCAAAAUUAAUUCCACAAAGACCAAUGAGUGCCUAAACUAAAUACUUAAUGACUUCUUAAGAAAAACAUAAAUACUUAAAAAAAAAGAAAGAACCUACCUAAAUUAUAUCAAAUAAGAAAUUAUAAGGUAAAAAUACUGUAAAAAUAACUAAAUUUGGGAAAUAAUUUAUAUCUGAAACAAUUCCUGUGAUUAAUUCAAAUAUUUUCAUUUCUGGUUCAGAUUUAUAACUUCCUAAAUAAAUUAAUAGUUCUAAAGUCUCUAAAAAGUAAUCACCAAAUUAAAAGUUAAUUAAUAAGACAUAAGAAAUGAAUUAAAAAUCCUUCGAUUAACCUAUUAAAGAUGAGGUAUUUGGUCUUUUUGAUUGGGAAGAAGAGUUUGAUGAUUAAUUUUAUAUAAAGGAAGCAAUGAAGUAUUAAGAAAAAAAUUAAAUACUCUAAAUGAUCUAAAAAGGAAAUAGGGAAUAAUUUUUAUAAAAAUUAAAAAUAUAAAAUAUACCUUCAAAAUAAACAAAAGAAGAUAUUCUAAAAUAAUAAUAAUUAGAAAUUGAAUAAAAAUAAGUUAAAUUGGAAUAAUUAAGACAAUAAAAUAAUACUUUAUAGCUACUUUAAACUACUUAGAAUUUAAAAAAAGAAGAAGAUGAAUAUGACAAUGAUUUUGUAGAAGAAUAAUAAAUUAUAGAGAAACCAAUAAUUCAAUAAUAAUUAGUUUCAAAUAGUGAAGAGGAUGAUGAAUAUGAUAAAGAUGGAUUUGAAGUAGAUGAAGAGAAAAAGAUUGUAGAAGUUAAUAAUAAUAAUAAAGAUGAUGAAAAAUAAUUAAAUUUAAAGAAAACAGAAUAAAUUAAUAAUAAAACCACAACAGAUUCUAAAAGUAGUUUAAUUUAAAAUUCAAAGAAUAGAAAGAAAUAAAUUAUUUAUAGAGCAAAAAAUGCAAAAGAAAGAAAAUAAGAGUUAGAAGGAAUGAGAGAAGAACUUGAAAAAAAUUUAAUAGAAAAUGAUGUUGAAUCUGCUAAACUAUAUAAAUUAUUAUAAGAUUCAAAAGAGAAAGAAAAAAUAAUGAUUGAUGUUAAUUUAAAAAGACGAGAAGAAUUAUCUUUGGCUCGUUUAACAUUAUAGUAAUUAUCAGAAAAAAUUGAUUAAUAAUUACACAUGAUUGAUGUAAUAGGAAUAUUAAUAUAAUUAGGAUUUAGAUAAAAAAGAACAUUAUGCUUAACAAAUUAUAGAAAAGUUGAAAGAAAAUAGAUAAAAAUAAUAAUAAUAAUAUGAUGAAGAGAUUGAAAAGUUUUUAGCUUGUAAAGUAAUUGCUAGAUUUCUUAAAGGAAAGAAAGAUAGAAAAUUAUUUUUAGAAUUAAGGCGUUAAAAGUUUAUGAAUAUGCUAAUACAAUGA